AUGGAACACAGAACACAUUCAACGCAACAGCAAUUCGCUGGGGAUUACGAGCACAAGCGGACACAUGACCGCAGUGAUGGUGGUGAUGGAAACUUCCCUCUGUCCGGCGAGGAGGAGGAGGAGUAUUCUGGCGAAGACCAGCUCGGCUCCGUCGAGGAGGCCUCGCCGAACUCUGAGGGCGGCUACGUCACCACCUCUCUCAACUCCGUCGUCAACAGCGGCAUGACACCCACGUCAUCUGCUCAUGCUGUGAACGCUUUCAACAGCCUGCAGACUCUUAGCAUGCCCAUGACCAUCAGCCAACCACAAGCCAUCAACACCGGUUCGAUGAUGUGA